AUGUCACUGAUCAACCUCCCCAUACCGCUCCGAAACCUCCUCGCAAAAAACACACCCCCCAACAUCCUCCAAAACCUCGACCGCAUCAAUCUCUCCGCACUCCUCCCCUACCUCGCCGCCGCCAUCCGCGUCGACAACCCAACCCUCACCCCCUUCCUCUACGCCUGCAAACACGGCCACGCAGACCUCGUCAAACUCCUCAUGCUGCACGGCCUCUCCGCCACCACCCCCAACGCAAAAGAGCAAAACAAAACCGCCCUCCACUACGCCUCCGAGCACGGCCACGACCGCACAGUCAGCAUCCUCCUCAACCGCGGGAUCCCCGCCGACGCUGCCACGACCCACGGAUGGAGCGCGCUCCACUACGCGGCCCAGGGCGGGCACGUCAACGUUGUGAAGAUGCUGGUGGAGCAGGGUGGCGCGGAUAUCGACAGGAAGACGCGGUUCAUUGCGCUGACGCCGCUGCACGUUGCGGUUGCGGAGGGGCGGUUUGGGGUGGUGCCGGUGCUGGUACAGAUGGGUGCGGAUGUGAAUGCGCGGGAUGUCAAUAGAGCGACGGCGCUGCAUUUUGUGGCGUUGGGGCAGGAGGCGAGGGGGAAGGCCUUUGAUGGCGUGCCUGGGCUGACGAAAAAUGUGAAGAUGUCGUUGGCGCAGAGGGUGGUGGUUUUUAAGUUUUUGGUGCAGGCGGGCGCGGAUAUGGAGUUGGGGGAUAACUAUGGGAAGGUUGUUAGGCAGUAUAUAUCGGCGGGGGAGAUCAAGGUGUUUGAGGAGAAGAUCCCGGCGUUCAAAACGGGUUAUAAGCUUACGGAGGGGAGGAAGAGGGAGAAUGAAAGAAAGCUGAGGGCAGUCAGGGCUCAGCAGGAGGAAAUUCGUGUGCAGCAGGAGGAGGUCCUGAGAAAGUUUCUCGGAAGCUUGAAGUGGACUAUUGAGGUUCAGGAAAAUUCCCAAGAUGAAGGUUACGAGGAUGAGGGGCACUCGGAUUCGGAGCGCUCGGCUGGGGAACGCUCGGAUGAGAGUGAAGAAGAGUCUGUGACAGACUCCGAAGACGAGGAGAGAUCGACAGACUCGGAACACCUCGACGACCGCGGCUAUGAAGAAGAGGAGGAAUGCUUCCGGCAGUUAUACAAAGAAUCAAGGGCUCAGCUGGAACAUCGUGAAGAGGCAGCAAAGGCCGGCCCAAGCCUCCUCAAACGCAGCUGCACCUACCCGUUCUCCCUGGUCUGGGUGUCGAUUCUCCUCUUGAUGGUCGCUAUUUACCUCACGAUUGUGUGGCCAGACAAUGAGAGGUCGUUCUACUACUAA